UGGGAAGUGAGAUUCAACCACUUGGCUAUACGGAAGAACACAAGAGUGUCCGUCUCGUCGUCUUUUUUCUGUGCGUAAAGUAGGCGACUAUAUAGUGGUGAAUGUAGGCUAGGCUGAAAUUACGCUGCCUAUUGUGUUUUGGAGAUGAGAGGACGACGAGUAUGCCUAUGCCUAUGAAUAGACAACAACGAAGCUUCAAAGCGUAGUUUUUCUUACAGGUCACGCCCUGUGUUCCCCAACCUACUGGCAAAAUGAACUCUGCGCAAUACAAUCAGGGGUACCAUGGACAGCAUGAGCAUGUCACUUUCCUCAGCAACCAAGAGAAGGGGAAGUCCAAGAAGAGAGCUGGUCUGGUGGUGGGCGUCAUCCUCACACUCCUGGUCAUUGCAGGUGUAGCAGGAUUUCUCAUUUGGUAUUUCUUGGGCCAACGUGACGCUACGGAGGAUGCCACCCUGAGUAAGCAGAGGAAGUCAGCCAAGAGGGUCUUCAGCGGCCAGAUGGAACUGUCUGGAGUGCAAUACUUGGACACACUCGAGGAUCCUAAUAGCGAAGACUUUGAAGAUAUGGCAAAUACUUUGGAAGAAACAUUGACAGGAACAUUGAAGACAGACCCCAUCUUGUCCAAGUUCUUUAAAAAGGCAGUGAUUUCAGCCUUCAGUGAGGGCGUCAAGGCCUACUACUGGGCCCAAUUCCAGAUUCCAGCUGCCGAUCUGGAGCUUCUCCCGGAGGUGUCAGAGGAACGCGUCAUGGAAGCACUCCGUUCACAGCUCCGUAUCCACGGCAGACAGAGUCUGCAGCAGAUGAAAGUGACCGACGUCACAGUGUCAUUCACAGACUCAAGGAUGGCCCGGAAUCCCAGAGAAAAGGAGUGUUUCUACCGCCUUGAAGCUGAAUCAUCUGUUCAAUCUUUCGAGUCGCCCGGGUUUCCAGAGAAAUAUCCGGCCCACUCACGUUGCCAGUGGCAGAUUCGAUCACCUAAAGGCACAGCCAUCUUGGUCAAGUUCCCAUUUUUCCACGUUGAGGAUGACUGCUCCAAUGACUUUGUGUUCAUUUAUGACUCGCUGAGCCCAGACGACUCACAAGCCAUCACCAAGAAAUGUGGCCAGCGUCCUCCCACCAACCAACUAGGAGUGGUGUCAUCCAGCAACAUUUUGCUGAUUAACCUAAUCUCCGAUAGCAGUUUGCAGAGACCGGGUUUCAAAGGAGAAUAUUCAAUCCUUCCUGUAACCACAGCCAAAGCGUGUGGCGGAUCUUUCUCCAACUCCAGUGGUACUUUCAGCUCGCCUCACUUUCCCAAUUUUUAUCCACCAUCUACAGACUGCAAAUGGACUAUUUCAGUCCCCAAAGGCCAGAAGGUUCGUUUGACAUUCACAAUGUUUCGUAUGAAGGAGCCUGGUGUGGACGUCCGUGUCUGUCACAAAGAUUAUGUGGAGGUCAUGGGUGUCAAGUACUGUGGAGAACGGUCUAUGUUGGCACUCACAACCACAUCAAACAGUAUGGAGGUCAUUUUCCAUUCAGAUGAAUCCUACACUGACAAAGGAUUUAAGGCGAAGUAUAAUGCCUAUGACCCCAACGACCCGUGUCCUGAAAAGUUUGCCUGCGCUUCGGGAAUCUGCAUUGAUAAAAGUUUGAAAUGUGACGGUUGGAACGACUGCGGAGAUAUGAGCGAUGAGCGCACAUGCCAGUGUGAAAAGGACCAGUUCGCCUGUGCCAAUGGGAUGUGCAAGCCAAAUUACUGGGUGUGUGACCGUGCUAACGACUGCGGUGACAACAGUGACGAGUUGGGGUGCAGUUGUGGGGAGGACGAGGUGAAGUGUGGCGAUGGCACAUGUGUUCCCCAGAACGCUGUCUGUGAUGGCAAGAGGGACUGCGCUGACAGCAGUGAUGAGGCCUCUUGUAAAGAAUCUUCUGGGAUCUGCACAGACUUCACUUUCAAAUGUAAGGACGGCAGCUGUGUGAACAAAAUAAAUGCUGAGUGUGACCGUGAAAGGGACUGCUCUGAUGGAUCGGAUGAGGACGGAUGCAGUUGUGGAAUACGCCCUUACAAACACAACCGCAUUGUAGGUGGCCUGGACGCAGACAUUGGGGAGUGGCCCUGGCAGGUUAGCCUGCACUUCCAGACUCAUGGCCAUGUGUGUGGAGCCUCAAUUCUGUCACCCACCUGGCUACUCUCCGCUGCCCACUGCUUCCAGAGUGCCGAUCCCAAGUACCUUGAGGCUAAAAACUGGCAGUCCUACAGCGGUCUCCGAGAUCGCGUGAAGGUUUGGGACGAGGAUGUGCAGAGGCGCAGCAUCAAGACAAUCGUUCCACAUCCGCACUACAACACCAUGACCUUCGACUACGACAUCGCUCUGCUGGAGCUCCAAGAGCCGCUGGAGUACACCAACCUGAUCAGCCCCGUCUGUCUGCCAGCCAAGUCCCACGUGUUCCCAGCUGGCAUGCCCUGCUGGGUGACUGGGUUUGGAAAGCUACGAGAAGGAGGACGUCUUGCCGGUGUUCUACAAAAAGCAGAGGUCAAGAUUAUAAAUGAUACGGUGUGCAACAUCGUGACCGAAGGCCAGGUCACCUCAAGAAUGAUGUGCAGCGGCUUCCUCUCAGGAGGAGUGGAUGCCUGUCAGGGAGACUCGGGAGGGCCUCUGGUGUGCCUUUCGGAGGGAGGCAAGUGGUUCCAGUCAGGCAUCGUGAGUUGGGGUGAAGGCUGCGCUCGCCGCAACAAGCCCGGCGUCUACACUCGCGUGACCAAGCUACGGGAAUGGAUAUCUGAAACGUCUGGUGUCUAAAAGUACACAAGGCAACUUUUGAGCAGUGUUGCUGGGCAACAACAUAAUUGGCACCUGAUUUUUUGAUUAAAUGUUUGACAUUAUUUGUUUACUGAUGAUCCAAGCUCUCCUGAUGAAAGUGUUGUAGUGAUAAACUAUCCAAAUAAAAUCUUUUUAAAAUCGUUGCCCAAAAGCAUUGCUCAAAAAGUUGCCUAGUGUAUCAUCACCUUAAGUGUACGAGGAGCUUUUGAGUUACAUGAUGGGAAUUGUAAUUUGGUGUGUCCCAAUAGGAGAAUUUAACGUCGUGGUUUUGGGAAUUUUGGGAAUUUUUUGAUCAAUUUUAUUUAAUUUUUCAAAGUGUCAAUAUGCUCAGAAAGCAUUGAUAGUCCUAAGAAAGCCUAUCGUUAAAGACACUGUACGUAAUAUUUGUGUCAUUUUGGAGUGAAGAAAACUCUUAAGUGUACAAAUGAAGGUGUUCAACAAUUCCUCCUGACCCCAGCGUUGACAUUAGGUUAAAGGCUACAAUGUGUGCCCGCGCAGCAACUUCAAUAGGCUUGGACAGGGCUCACGGUGGACACCCUGGAGAUAGAAUACAAUCUAACUCUCUGUGAAUACUUUGGAGAGACAUGGCCCACUGAAGUUUUAGUGAUCGAAUAUCACACACAUUUAUGUUUUCAUUUGUUCUGACCUCAUGAUGGACCAAAUGUUUGCCAUGCCGCCGGAUUUGGCCUGUGGGCCUGUGUUUGGACUGUGGUUGCACAGUGGUUGCACUGUAUGUUUCACUGUUUGGAUUUCAAAAUGUGCAUGGCUUUUAAUAUGUAUAUUUUUAGGAACAGAUGUGCACCUGCUGAAGGAAGAUGUAAUGUUUCAAACAGGCUCAGGUCUCUUUGUAUCUGAUUGGCUAUUCAAAAAUGUGUGGAUGAGUUCCCAAUUGUCCAUGUUUAUAAUGUUAUAUAGUUGGUGGAACACAAGUAUUGUUUUGCUUUAAAGGUGCACUGUGUAAUGUUUUUAGUAGUUUAUUUCCAGAAUUCAUGUUGGUCAUUCACGUUACCCAUUUCACGAAUACUUACCACCACCAUUACAUUUUCUCAGUGUUUAUUAUGACUGGGAAAAUGGCUCUUUUCCUACAUGAAAAGUUGGAUCAUCUCCAUGCCGACCAUUUUGAAUUUUCAGAAAUAGCCCUGUUUAGCUGCAGAGGUAACUGUACUUUGGUCAUGCUAGUAAAUAUGAAUUUAUUACUUUAUUAAGUAUUAGUAAAUAUUCAUGAAAAAAAAUAUCAAAUUUGACAAUAGGCAGCACAGUUUCAAUGAGCAGCAUAGUUGCAAUACCUACUCUGGCCACAAUCCUACACAGUGUACCUUUAGGAUGUGGCAAACGUGGGGUGCUGUGAUGCACUGUGUGCUAAUGCACCUAUAUACGACAUACAGGACGGGAAGCUGCCCGUGGGGUUCCAGGCUCGAGGCAGGCCCCUGGGUCAUAUCCUAACCCUACUCUAUCUUUCUCUCCAACUCAAUCCUGUCUCACUCUUCCACUGUCCAAUCAUAAUAAAAGCAACAACAAAACAAAAAAUAUAUACUGUAUAUAUAUUCUAAAAAGUGGCAAAGUUAAUAUCAAUCAUGACAUGUACAUAAAGACAAUUUCAGUUUUGAGGAAAAAAAUCUAGUUGAUGCACAUUUUCUACUGUACACCUUGCUUUCCGAUGGGCUGUAACCAUCUAGUCUAGAUUGUAGUAGUCAGUAGGCCUAGGCCUACAUAUGGCCUAUCACUUGUGGUGACAUGUAAUUUCUCCAAAACGCUGUUGUUCCGACCUCUCAACAAUCAGAUCAUUUCUUUUUGACAAAUCCCUGUUAUUCUAGGCCAGUUCUGAGGCUGACAGAGGAGCCUAGGUUACAUUUAUGGAACACAUACUACCAAUUUGUAAAAUUAUAUUUUCUUUUUAACAUGUUUCAAUUGAAUACAUUUAUGCCAAAAAUAUGUGCACGAGUAUGCAGGGAAGCUUCUUGGAUUGUUUGAAUAUGUAUGUUAAAACUGUAUACUGUAUUUGUAUUUGUUGCCUCAAGGCAACACUGUGCAGUUAGGUCAAGUUUUUUCAGCCAUUAUAAUGCAUUUGCAUGUAUGGAAUUGUGUUUACAUGCAUACAUGAUCAGUCAAUGUUUUUACUUUACAAACGUAAGAUAUUUAUACAGGACAUGGAUAUUAAUACAUAUUAUUAAUGUGUUCAAUAAGUUUGGAAUAUAUUUCGCCAGUUGCCAAAAUGAUGAUGGGGGAAGGUUGCGAAAUGACCCAGGCUCGAUUGUAACCUGGGUUUCCUUGGGCAAUCCCCCCUACAGGCAUAUAGCACUGUGCACCACAACACCCAUUGCUAAUGCAGUACUAAUGUCCCAAAAUUAAUGCAUAAUGCAUUCUUGCUAUUUUUUUUUUUUUUUUUACUAUUUUUGCCAUAUUUUAGGGGUCAGGGAUCUGGAGUCAUUUGGAAGUACUAUGUGUGACCAUAUGUAUGUGCGUGUGUAUGAAUGUAAGUGUGUGUAUGUGUGGGUAAAGAAAAGGUGUGUGGGUAAAGAAAAGGUGCUCCUUGAUGCUUCUGUUUAGGAAAUUUAAAUUCAAGUAAAUAAAGGUGUAUCAGAAGAGAGCGCACCUCAGAAAUGGGUGUAUUGUGGUGUUUCUAAUCCUUACCCUUAACUGACAGCUCUUUCACUCUCUCAAUUAACAGUUUCUUAAUUCCUCUGUCUGCUCAAGUCAAGAGUCAGGGUGUUCUCUCUCCGUCGACUAACUCAACAUCUCACUACGCACCUUCCUCCUCCGCGGAACAAAGGCCUCAAAAUUGUCCGAGCUCUGUCCAUGCGUUAAGCAUCUACAUGAUUUAGAUGAUAGAGAGAUGUCUCGUUCAUCUCCCUCAGAAACCCGGGGUUACCACG